ACAAAGUUGAGGCCCAAUACACACAGCCCUUCAAUCGUAUCCCAAACUAGCUCCAAAUCCCCCGCCCUAAAAUAGGGUUUUAGGGUUUUGGUCCCGUCACCUCGACUCUUUUCUUCGUUCAGCUCCCGCACAACAGAUUUUUUUAUUUUUCGCAUUCGAAUGGGGAAGAAGCGAAAGCACAUUGAAGCGGAAGCUACAGACAAUACGAAGAACAAUGAAAGCGCGCCAGAAAGGCCGAAAAGAACCCUUUUUGGCUUUAAAACCAAUGUGAAUGAUAAAAAUGGAAGUGAAAGUCACCAUGUGAUUUUUCGGAAUAAAGAGAAAGUCUUGGUCACUUGCUCUCGCCGCAUCAGUUACAGGUAUCGGCACCUGAUGUUGAACUUGGUUGAGCUUUUGCCUCAUAGUAAGAAAGACAACAAGGUGGAGUCCAAGGAGAGUAAAGGCGCUGCACUGAAUGAGCUUGUCGAGCUCAAGAGCUGCUCUUCUUGUUUGUUUUUUGAGUGUAGAAAAGGCAAAGAUCUCUAUUUGUGGAUGGCCAAGUGCCCCAAUGGUCCAUCUGUCAAAUUUCUAGUUAAUGCGGGUAUCCUAAUUACAUAUGUUUUUGCUUAUGUGUUUGGUCAAGUGCACACAAUGGAAGAAUUGAAACUUACCGGUAAUCAUCUUAAGGGUUCACGUCCUCUCCUUACCUUUUCAUCCAACUUUGAUAAAAGCCCCCACUGGCAGCUUCUGAAGGAGAUGAUUUCUCAGAUUUUUGGGACUCCAAAGGAUCACAGGAAAUCCAAACCUUAUCAUGAUCACGUAUUCGUCUUCUCAAUUGCUGAUGACCACAUAUGGUUCCGGAAUUAUCAGAUAUCAUGUCCCCAUAGCGGUGGAGCACAGAAACUAGACCGUGGAGACUUAGAAAAAAUGACAUUGAUCGAGGUUGGUCCACGAUUCUGUUUGAACCCGAUUAAGAUAUUUGGCGGCAGCUUUGGGGGGCCAACACUAUAUGAAAAUCCAUUUUAUGUUUCACCUAACCAGAUCCGCUCGUUGGAGAAGAGGCAAAAGGCAGGUAAAUAUGCCAAGAAAGUCAAAGCCAAGACAAGGAGGAAGAUGCACGAGCUGGAAAAUCCUCUUGAAGUUGAUGAGUUUGCUGAUAUGUGGAAAGACUGAUAGCCAAUCAAGAAAACCGUGACUUUUAAUAUGUCUCGUCAGAUAGAUUACCAUUCAUGCAUUUUUUACCUUUCUAAGUUUAAGACCUUUUGAAAUGGUACUGAUUUUUGAGUUAUACGCUAGUUCAUAGCAUGUAUGAGAUCUGCUUCUGUUAAACGUUUCGAAAAAUUGCAUUGCAGGUUUAAAUUACAAUUCCUUUGCUCCAUUCAACCAAUUUUUGCCUUGAAUAUCAGCAUAUAAGAAAUUUGUUGAUCUUACUUUGUAACGACCCCUAAGCAAAAGCAUGAGAAAACUGACUAUAAUGUCAAG